UUAUUAUAUUUACCCUAAUCCAACACACUUGCUUUUCAAGCAACACUUACUUCUUUUUUUUUUCUUUGGCGAACUUCAAGUGACUUAGAACCGACGGCGUCUACAUAAUCACACUUAUACUUACCCACUCGACCCCCCAGAUCAACAAAGAUGCGUUCCUUUCUAGCAGCAUUAGUCAUGGCUCUGUUUGUGAGCGUAGCCGUCGCGAAGUCAAACAACGUCAAGCGAGAUGUUUGUGAUGUGUUGAACAAUGAUGCCGCAGACGAUGCUUGCAGCAUGAAGAAAGCUUUUGGCGGAAGCUCAGUUUACCCUCAGCUUUUGUCUACAUUUUCUCCCCAGGCCGCUCUCUACGUCCAUUAUUCUCAAGUGAUUGUCGGUGGCGCUCAGCAACUUACCCCUAAUCGAGUUGCCAACAAGCCGAACCUAUCGAUAGGCUUCAUGCGUGGACCACUCAGCAUCCCUGGAGCUCAAAUGCUUUUGAACAAAUACGUGGUCAUGUGUCUCGAUUUCCAGCCGCAAACUAGAGUCACUAAGCCAAUCUGGAUUCAAUCUGGGAUGACUGUCAACCCCAACACCAGCGCAAUGAGCUCGUCAAUUGCCCCGAUCAUCCCUUACCAAGCUCCUAACCCUCAACGAGGCACUGGAACGCAUGAAUAUGUCUUCUUGGUCUUUCAAGAAACCGAUGCUGGAUUGUGGGCACUCCUCAAGCAACAACCUAAAUUGCGAGCCAGUCUCUCCGGUUCAUUCGACUUGAAGUCUUUCCGUUCUCAAACCGGCCUUCACAAUUUGGUGGCUGGAAGCUUUUUCAAAUCCACUCACCCCUAGACAAUCUAACCAUCACAUACACUCGCUUCACAACACACCAUGUAUCUGUUUUUUUCUCUCUUCGCAGUAGCGACCGAUUUAAUCAUUUUUUGCCGUUAAGUCUGUUUUCAGACAAUGCACACAGAAUUAUUUCGCCUUUCAUGUGAAUCACUAGAUUUAAUUUGAGUAAUGUCUUAGGUGAAUUCAUAAAUGCUGGCAGCUUUAGUUUGUAACCUUUAUCCUGACACGACCGCCAAGCUCUUAAGCCUGUCGGCUGUAAUCAUCUUGUGCCUGCAUGGCAGACUGGCUGGGUCACUUCACGACGUGACUGUCCA